CCUGGAGUAGGAAAUGGCAACCCAGUCCAGUAUUCUUGCCAGGAUAAUUCCAUGGACAACAGAGCCUGGUGGAUCACAGUUCACAGCAUCUCAAAGAGGCAGACAUGACUGAGCAACACAGCACAGUGGAGAGAUGUCCUGGUAGCCUAUAGAAUUGUUUUUCUGAUUCUUUUCUCAGUGAAUCAAGAAGCCAGGUCAUCAGUCAAGAAGUCUGAAGACAGUGAAGAUAUGAAAUAUUCAAGGAAAGUGUUAAGUAUGAAUGGAUGAGGGAAAUACCUAAGAAUUGCUGGGAAUUAUAAUCCAUUUCAAGUGAAAUCCAUUUCAGGGUUUUCAUGAACUGAAAAUAUGAAAAGACAUCACAACUGUGUAUUUUCCUUUAGUGACGUCCAGUGACUCAGGGCUAGACACAUUUAGAUAAGAAUUUUAUUAUUUAUUUAUGCAUGUAUUUAUGUAUUUAUUUGACAUUAAAUUUAUGUAUUUAUUUAUGUGUGUAUUUAUUUAUUGUUGCAGCAUGCAGGAUUUGAUUACAUGACCAGGUGUCCAGCCUCAGCUCCUUUCAUUGGGAAUGUAGUCUUAGCCACUGGACCACCAAAGAAGUCCCUAGAUGGGAGUUUUAAAUGUAACUAAUGGUUUAGGCAAACAAAAGAAAAGGAAUAGGGGCAAACUUAUUGUAGGUGUAUGCAUGGGAGUGAUAAUCAUUAACUGUGGAAUUUAAUCUAGUUAUGUAGGGAAGUGAGAACACAGAGUGGGGUGGUCAAGGCCACUGAAAGGUGGCUGAAUUAAUGGACUGUAGGUGUAAAGAAUUAGAAGGAUUUUUGGAGUUUGUGAUGAGUGAGUUGAAAUAUGAGAGGUGGUGUUCAAAAGUAUGUUUGAAAUUGACAUUAGGAAGGGAUUUCAGUUAUUAUUAAAGGCUAGUUGUAUCAUGUGAAUCAUGUUGGUGAGAGGCUGGGUGUAGGCUGGAGGCAAGAUCACUGGAGGAGUUUCAUCUCCACCAGGAAGAAAGUAAAUCUUGGAUUGUUAGGUUUAUCUUUGAAGGAAAAGGGAUUAUUUGUAAGGAAGUUGGUAGAUUUCUACCCAAAGGCUCUCGAUCUAAUAGGAAGACUGAGAGUGUUUCAGUUAAUCUAAGAUCUUGGGGGAAGAAUCUGGAUUUGGGCAACACUGGGUGCCAAGGCCCUGCAUGUUGCUAGGCAACUGAGAAAAGCCGCCCAGCCUAGUUCUGGUCUUCGGCGCACUUCCUGUCUGCGACCCACUUCGGAGCUCUGGUCGCUUUGACUUCAGCAUUGUGGGGGAGCAUCUGGCCAGAGGGUUCUGCGAGCCAGAGGCUCAGGGCCCACAGGUAGGUUGGGCAGUUAGGAGUUCCAGGACUUCCUGGUCCCACUGAAGGGCUGCCUCCUGAACUGCCAUGAAGAAGCUUUUCACCUUAUGGAGAAAGAAGGAUGAGCCCCGCUGUUCCUGCUCACCCCUGCUUGUAGGCAGAUGGGCCAGUAUUGGUCUCUUCGCCCAAUCAGGCUACACCCUUUGAGAUAAAAAUUUAAAGAAACUUCACAGAGCUGCCUCAGUUGGGGAUUUAGAGAAAGUGAAGGAGUGUCUUCAGCUCAAGAAGCAUGAUGUGAACAUGCGGGACAGAGAACUCAGAACACCUUUGCACCUGGCCUGUGCUAAUGAAUAUUCAAAUACUGUCUCUCUUUUAACUGAAAAACAGUGCAAAGUAAAUGUCUGGGAUGGUGAAAACAGAUCUCCAUUGACUAAGAUGUUACCAUGUGACAAGCAGAGUUGUGCCACUAUUCUUCUAGAACACAGUGCAGAUCUGGUGGAUUUAGAUGGCAACACUGCUCUUCAUUAUGUUGCCUCUUGUCAAAGUGUCUCAUUAGCUGCAAAACCUGCUAACCUUGAGGCUCAAAAUAAGUAUGGGUUUACUCCACUUCUACUUGCCAUUACUGAAAAUAAUGCAAAAAUGGCAGAAUUUCUUUUGAAGAGUGGGGCAGAUGUGAAUGCUUCAGAUAAGAAUCAAAGAACAGCCCUUAUGAUUGCUUUCAGUGAUGAACCAAAAAGUUUAGUCAGUCUUCUUCUUCAGCAAGAAGUGGACCUAUCUUGCCAAGAUAUUAUGGAUUCACAGCUGAGGAAUAUGCAUCUUUCAAUGGUUUUACUAUUGUUGAAAAUUAUAAGAGCAUUAUAUUAUUGUUCUUUUUCCAAAAAGGAAGAAAAGAAGUGCCAGACAAUGGGACUAUCUAAAACAAAAAUGGUAUCUAUUGAUGGAGUUGACUUGAGAGGAGGCUGCGGUCAGCAGUUGAGUGUGUGA